AUGGCAGCGUCCAUGCGAAGAGUUGUUACUAAUUUUACUGACAUUGUUUUUCCUCAGGGAAACGUAACAGUUGAUAGACAGCAACUGCAUUUACAAAAGCCGGGCAAUGAGCUGGUAUCAAGCUUGCCAUGGCAAAUGAGUCUGUACUUCAAUGUCUACUUCUUCCCAAUAUGGCUUGUAACAAACUUAAUCACCUUUUAUCUCAAGUUUCACUACCUGGACAUGCUUUAUCAAAUCAUCCUCAUCACCAUCUUCAUCACCAUCACAGCAGUGGAAAUCAUCAGACUCUACCUCGGAUACCUAGGCAACCUCUGUGAGAAGGUAUGA